AUGGAUCCCUCGCAGCGCGUUGUCAUCAUCGGGGCCGGCAUAGUCGGCACCAACAUCGCUGACGAGCUGGUCUCGCGGGGGUGGUCCAACAUCACCGUGCUCGAACAGGGGCCGCUGAGCAUGCCGGGCGGCUCAACGUCUCACGCCCCCGGCCUCGUAUUUCAGACAACCGGCUCCAAAACGCUCAGCUCAUUUGCGAAGUACACUGUCCAAAAACUAUUGUCUAUAGAAUGCUUCAACCAGGUCGGCGGCCUCGAGGUAGCAGAAACACCCGAGAGACUCGAGGAGCUCAAGCGCAAACACGGAUACGCCUCUUCCUGGGGCAUCGAUGCGCAUCUUCUGACCGCCGAGGAGUGCAAGAAGAUCUACCCCCUUCUGAGCACCGAUGUGGUGCUUGGCGGGCUGCACAUCCCAACUGACGGUCUGGCAUUGGCCGCCCGUGCCGUCCAGAUGCUUAUCGAACGCACCCGCAAAGCCGGCGUCCGUUAUCUUGAACACACCCUGGUCACCGGUAUCGAGCGGAGCGAAGGCCGUGUCACGGGAGUACAGACGAGGAACGGCAUCAUCCCCGCCGAUCUCGUCCUCUCAUGUGCCGGCUUAUGGGGUGUAGAGGUGGGCGCCAUGGUUGACCUGCCCAUUCCACUUCUCCCCGUCGGACAUCAAUAUGCAAAGACAACACCGGUGCCAGCGCAGAAGGGGAAGAACCUGCCCACGAACGGCGCGCAGCUCCCGAUCCUCCGUCAUCAGGACCGGGACCUUUACUAUCGUGAACACGGUGAACAGUACGGCAUUGGCUAUUACGGCCACCGCCCUAUGCCAGUGGUUGCCGCUUCGUUGGGCGAGACGCCCAAGCAAGUUGAUGAGCAUAACAUGCCAUCUCGCCUUGAUUUCACUCCUGAUGAUUUUGCGCCGGCGUGGGAGCUUACUAAAAAGCUUCUUCCUGCGCUUGGAGAGAGCCAGAUCGAGUAUGGCUUCAACGGCAUCAUGUCUUUUACCCCGGACGGCGGGCCCCUCGUCGGUAUGGCACCCAACCUGGAGGGUUUCUUCGUUGCCGAAGCCGUUUGGGUGACACACUCUGCGGGCGUCGCACGCGCAGUUGCACAACUCCUCACUACCGGAACGUCUGAGGUUGAUCUUUCCGAGUGUGACAUCUCGCGCUUCGAGCAGGUCCAGCUCGCGCCUGAGUACGUCAAAGAGGUCUCAACCCAGAACUUUGUCGAGGUCUACGACAUUCUGCAUCCCUUACAGCCACGCGAGUCACCUCGCAACCUCCGUGUCAGUCCUUUUCACGCUCGCCAAAAAGAACUUGGUGCUUACUUCCUCGAGGCUGGUGGUUGGGAGCGCCCGCAAUGGUUUGAGGCCAAUGUGAACCUCUUGAGCCAGUUGCCGGAGAAAUGGAAGCCCAAAGAACGCGACACAUGGUCUGCUAGGUACUACUCGCCAAUUGCUGCCGCGGAAGCGUGGAAGACACGGACCGCCGCGGCCAUGUACGACCUCACGCCAAUUCGCCGUCUGGAGGUUUCUGGACCAGGAGCAGUUGAUCUACUGCAACGUUUGACCACGAGUAACGUUGCCAAGAAGCCUGGAACCGUCACCUUUACUCUCCUCCUGAAUGAGCAGGGAAGCAUUCUCAGCGAUAUCUUUGUCGCCAGGCUCCGUGACGAUCUGUUCCAACUAGCCGUCAAUGGCCCUGUCGACCUUGCUUACUUGUCUCGGGAAGCGCGUCGUCAAGUGAAAGCAUCUCCGGCAAGAUUUGUCCAGGUGCGCGAGACCACGGGCGGUACUGGUGGUAUUGGGCUCUGGGGUCCUCGCGCUGCCGACGUUAUCGCUGGCAUCAGCUCGGACAACCUCAAAGACAUGCCUCAUUCCCACGUCAAGUCGGCCAUCAUCUCCGGCAUUCCUGUCACUGUUAUAAGUCUGUCAUUUGUCGGCGAAUCAGGAUGGGAGAUCUACACAAGUGCCGAGAACAGCCUGCGCCUCUGGGAUAUUAUUUGGCAGGCCGGCAAGCCCCAUGGGAUCAUCGCAGCUGGUCGAAGCGCGUUCAGCGCUCUUCGGUUGGAGACAGGAUUCCGGACUUACGGUGCCGACAUCACCACUGAGCACAACCCGUUCGAGGCCGGCCUUGAGUUCGCCAUCGAUCCGGAGAAGCAGGGCUACAUCGGUCAUGAUUCUAUCAAAAGACUUUCGAAAGAGAGGACAUCUAGGAAACUGCGGCGCCUCACCGUCAAUGACGGCCGCUCGGUCGUCUUAGGUAAGGAACCCGUGUUCUUGGACGGGAAAGCAGUCGGCUACGUCACAAAUGCCGCCUUUGGAUACACUAUCAACAAGCCCAUUGCUUAUACAUAUCUGCCCAGCACCGUGAAUGAGGGUACUUGCGUUGAAAUUGAGUACUUUGGGCGGCGGAUCAAGGCUACCGUUACCGCAGAGCCAUUACACAAAGUUUCAGGAGGCGUAAUGUCAGCUGACCCACCUCUCAGGCGUGUGACCAUCAGGUCACGCCUGUGA